AUGGGCCCGACACUUCGUGAUCGUUCUCAACGCCAUACCCAAUCUGCUUCGUCCCGUACCUUACCCAGAACUGUGUUGCAGCAAGAACAGGAGAAGGCAGACGUCACAAAAUCAGCAACAGCACCUUCCCGUACGCGGAAAGGAAAAACACUUCAGUCCUCCUCAGAGAUACCUUCUGCUUCUGCUCAGCUCGACGGAGCGAAUGUAUCCCCUGCCGUUCCAGGUGUCAAAAGAGCUAGGUCCAGGAAGACGGCAUCCACCUCUUCGCGCACGAAGACUGCUCUUCGAUCAGAUAGUGUCGCAGCGGCGGAGGAAGCAAUGGACCCGUCUUCCCUACCAGAUCCCGAGUGCGCCUCAAAACCCUCUGCUAAGACACCUGUGCAAACAGGAGUAGGCUCAGCAGACCCAUCCACCUCCGGCACCGCAUCAACAAGCGGUAACCUCCUCGAGAUCGCCCCUGCCACCCUUGCGGUUGACUGCCUAGCACGCGAAGCCCACCUCCCUUUAGCAACCAGCCUGACGGAUCCUGCAGCGUCCGUCUCCUCUCCAACCUCGGAGAAUAUUCCUCGACCUUCCUCGCCAGCCUCUCCACCGAGGACACCACCCCCAGGAAAGGCCCUUCGUUCACGAGGGAAAGUGCCUGGCCCUCUUCCUGAGCCUAGGAAACCGAGGCCACAGAAGAUCAACCCAGAUUCUUUGGUCGAACAAGCCCGAAUCCGCCAUGAAGCACAAAUCAUUGCAGAGGGUGAUGCCAGUGAUCCCAUGGACGUGGACGACGACGACGACGAUCAACGUGUCGAGCAGCUCUUAUCACCACCCUCACACCCUGCCUCUUCCACCUCUACAGACAACCAUCCGUUGGGCAGCGCAUCUGCUCAAGACCCUGAUCCCGGCCAAGAUGCAUUACGCGCCAGACUACAGGACAAGAUUUACGAUAGCAAUCACUCUCAAGACGCGGAGGAACGUAGAGCACUCCUGGUUCUCCACCAAGUGCCGAACAGGAGCGAUACGGCUCGGACUCAGGAACAAGUCGUGCAGUUUGUUAACGAUGGUGGAGGCGCGGAAGAACACAGUGUAGCCCUGGCUCUUCACCAAAACCCAGACAACGAUACGAUCCAGUCUCAAGACAACGACCAAGAUUUUGGUGGCGAAAACCGUCAUCAAGAUGUCAGCAAUGCAGCCGAAGAGAUGAUGCAGGUUGACGAAGCCGAACGGAACAGUAGCCCUCCAACCCCCGCUAAGCAAUCAUCAUGGAGGGAGAGCUCCCCCGACGAUUCAGACGAAUACUUACCGCCGGGCUCCGUCCCCAAAUCUCGUAAAAGAUAUCAACAGCCGAAUCAACGCGACAAGCAUACCAAUACCCACGAGGAUUCGUCCCCGGACGAGGACCAAGAUUCGAGUAGGGUCGAACGUCCCACGACCCGCAGCAAAGGGGCGAACAGCCGCCGCAAAGUACCCAAGUCUCGGCAGCAAAACCACACCAGCAAUGAUAUGUCUCAGGAGCAGACAAGACCUGCUACCCCCAACACUGGCAGCACCGACACUGGCAAUACGCGCGAGCAGCAGCCCAUCAACACCGAGAUGUCCCAGGAUGCCGAGGACCAGGAGCCGGCAAAUGCACGCCGCCAGUCAAGGAAAGCGCGCAAGAACUCUGCCUCCCGUAGGAAGAAGGCCGGCAAUAUCAAGGCGUCUCAGGACCACGACGAUGAAGGAAAUGGCGAAGCAGACGGCGACGAAAAAAGCGGCGAUGAUCGCUAUGUCCCUGGCCCUUUACCCGCCGCUAUCUGCGCUGAGCUCGCAGAUAUUGGCGCUGAAAUCAUGGCUGAAGUCCAUAAGAGGGCUCAACAGCUCCGAAAGCCGGCCGACACUAUUAUGGAGGCGAUGGGGAUAUCGAUCCCUCACGAAAGGGAGACUUCAUUAUACAAUAUGUUUUUAUGCUGGCAGAAAGCGCGUGAUGACAUUCCCCGAGCUGCGGCGACAUCGACUGAGCAAGACGAAAGUUCCGUGAAGAAGCGUCAGAAAGCGGAGCAGCAUUUUGCGGCCAUCCGGGAGCACUGGGAGGAGGUCAAGUGCAAGGACUUUUCGUCAUCAGGGAGUGGCCCUCGCCCAUCGACAAUUGUCACCCGAGAGUGCAGACGUCUCUGCAAGACGGCUCAGUUGACCGGUGGCAUGAACAACCUCGAGAUUGUGGGCCUUGUCAUCCACAAGGGCGGAGAGGAUGUCCCUGCUGGCGAAGCUGGGUUCUUCGCAUCUUCCAAUCACACCCUUCAAGUCUUUCGCGAGCGGGGUGUCAAUAUACAAGGGAUAGUUGAUUAUAUGGGUGCCGUCCUCACGAUGACUGACUGCGAGGGGAAGCAUAAGGAUGUGCCGAUGCCCGACCCAUUCCUCACCGUCAAGUCUCUGGCAUCCAACCCUGUUCGAGACACCCUCCGUGGCAUUAUUCGAGAGAUGGUUUUGGUGAAGCUCCGCGCAAUGGGGUCUACUACGAAGAAGGUUGGGUGGAAGAAACUUAUGCCCAAGUGCAUUGCGAACGGUUGGAUGUGGAAAUUCUGGCCGGCCUCCCUCUCUCACUUCCCUAUUGGUGCGGAGGACUUCGAUCCGAAGCACCUUGGCACCGCUGCCUUAUGGUUGCUGGUGCACGCGUAUGUCAAGGGAACGAGGCCGAAGGUUGAUUACAAGUGGCUCAAAAAUUCCGUACUCAAGGAGGUAGACACCGACGCCGACUUCUCGGACAAGACACUGGUCCAGUUCGACAGACAGGCGCUGCGACGCGACCUGGCACAAGCACCGGAAAUCCAGCUGAUAAAAUGGCCAGAGAGCUGGCUGGAACGUUUGCAGGAUGAUAAACAGAGAUUGCACAUUCCACUCGUUGUCUUGACGGAGAAUAAGGCCCUCUUACGGAUCCAGAACGUGAAGAUGAAGUUUACGAAGAAACAACGUCUUGCCAAAAGCAAGCCUUCUGGCUCACGCAAGCCAGCAAAGCCGUCGCCAUCAGUUGAGGCGGACACUUCAAGUUCCGGUGAAUCGUCCUCGUCGUCAGAGGAGGACGAGGGCGAAGACCGCGUUCAUGCGGAUAAAGGCAAACAACAAGAUCUCGGUGAUAUCGAAGAUAUACGCGAUCUGAGUUCUUCCGACGACGACAUGUUGCCAGAAAAAUUAUCCCAGGUGGAUAGUGCAGUUCCGUCCUCGCAAUCGUGUGGUACCCAAUCGGCGGCACCUGUGCAUCCUCCCCAGCCGGCGCCUGGUCACAAACCCCAACCCGCGCCCCCCCGUGCGCCCCAACCUGCGGCCUCUCGUGCGUCCGAGCCCGCGCCCCAGUCCAUACCUUCUCGCGUAUCUCAGCCAGCCUCCGCUCGCGCGUCACAGCCUGCGUCCUCUCGCGCGUCGCAGCCUGCGUCCUCUCGCGCAUCGCAGCCUGCGCCCUCUCGCGCGCCACAGGCAGCCUCUGCGCGCGCGUCGCAGCCCGCGCUUUCCCGCUCGUCUCAACCCCCGCUCCCUUGCCGGGCCCCAGGAACAGCUGCUCCUGAUGUCCUCCCGAACCCUGUUAGACCGUCUGUCUCCACACCAUCUCAGAACUCCCGCCGUGCAUUGUCCGGGCUGCCUUCACAAUCCACGGGUGGUCCUUCAAGCUCUCUGGCAGCAGUCCCUCAAGGCCCUCCUAUUCUUUCGCCCGGCGUUGCCGGGCCAUCAAGCCUUGCCGACGUCAACAGCACGAUGCCAAUGGGGGUACGUAGAAUCACUCCUCAGCAUGUCUACUAUGGUUUGGCGAGUCGUGCUUCUCUUCCCCAGCAAAGCGCUGGCAUCGACAGAGAGCGAGGUAGCAGGACUGCACAAUCCCCGAGUCAUAGUAUAGUCCGUGGGUCGAGUGGAGGGUACGCACGACGAGGACCUUCAGCUCCGCCUGGACGAGGCCCAAUACAAUAUUACGGCGGAGAGGCCGAUGGAUUCUCCCAGGGCUUCACACCGUACGGUGGCUACGGUGCCCCUGCAUAUCCCUACAGCUACGGAUACCCACCUCACCCGCCGUUCCACGGCCCACCAUCUUUCCAAGCACCAAUGGGGCCGCCCAACGGGUUCCCGAUGUAUGCCGUCCAUGACCAAAUUGGUGACAUUGCUCAGCUUGGUGAGGAACCUGAAUGGUUAGACGAGCCCAAUGACGAAUAUCCGACCGGUGGCCAUCAAAUGCAAUGGGAGAGCAAUGAACAGAUGGAUGUCUGA